AAGCCUCCGAUUCGGCAGUUAAGUGUUUCCAAUAAAAACCAUAUCAUGCCAGGUCUACAUUUAAAAAUAAAAUACAAUUAAAAAUUCUAGACUUGUCGAAUCUGGACUAGAUUAACCCAGAGUCUGAGUAAAACAGUUUCAGAUUUGUGAAACCUUUAUUCUAUUUGUGAGGAACCCAAAAUAGGGCGAUUUCACUGUUUUUAUUCCCCCAUCUAGUAGACACCAGACCAGGUCCAAAUGAAAAACCACAAUCGUAAGACUUCCCAAAUCUGAAACUUCAAGUCCAUCUUGUCUGAUGUGGGGUGGCGGGUGAAUGUGGUGUCGGUGGACCGUGGAGUUAAUAUUGUAUCUUAACGUGCCCCUUAACCGCCGAAUGGGAGGCUAACGCUAACUUCUUUAUAAGUUCAGCUAUACGUCCUAUGAGUCCUUAAUGGACUUUUAUACAGUGUUGUGUUUCAUUUUUACAACGUUUUACUUUUCGACAAGGGACUCAAAUAUUUUUUUUCCUCAAUUGCCCGCGCCAUUUCCGUGACCCGGAAGAUUAAACUUUGUACAAGUAGUACUUCCUUUGUCUUCCCGUCAACGCGCUAGUCGAAGAGGCUAGCAAGGCUAACAGCUAGUAAAAGAGCACUCCCUGCGAUCAGAUCGCGGUCGGCUUUGUCUUUGCCUCUGAUCCACUUGGGAUGUCGGAGUUUCUUCCACAGCCAAGCCUCUGUGUUUCAUGAAAGAGAGAAAACGAUAUAUAUAUUUUUUACACCCAGGGUUGUCUGUAUUUGUUUUUUUUUUUGUUUUUUUGGGGGUCUAACACUAUUCGAGAAACAUGGCGGAUGGCGGGCAUUACUACAACGAGCAUGAUGACAGAACCGCACCACAGUUUCGCAACCGUAAAGGAAGAGGCUCCCACAAGGGUCGGUCAUAUGAUAGGUCCCGUAGAGACCGCCAGCGGGGAAGCCACCCAGGUGGCUUUGGAGGUCCUGGACCACGGUCAAGGCUUGAAGAUACUGAUGGAGAUGUAACUAUGAGUGACAGCUCUCAGGACAAUAGCUCCCAGCACAGAUUCAACCCCUAUGGAAGACCAUUUCGGAAAGGAGAUGGACGGUUUGAUAGAGACAGACGACAAGGCAAAGGGGGAGGAGGUGGUAGAGGAGGAGGAGGAGGAGGAGGAGGCAGCGGCUUCAGAGGAGGAGACCGAGGUGGAGGAAGCAGCAGUGGAGGAGGGAAAAGCCAGUCAGGCUGGUCCAAAGUAACAAUACCACACGGAAGAAAAUAUGACAAGAAAUGGUUAUUGACAGCUCUUCAGAACAUCUGUUCAGUUCCCUUCACACCUGUACAGUUCCAUGUUGACCAUGACAGGGCCCAUUUUUACGUGGAUGAUUCCUCUGCUGCCAAUGCUUUACGCAAAUGUUCUCACAAGAUCACAGACACAGAUGGUUAUAAGGUGGAGGUGCACGUAAACUCCAGCGCUCCACCAUCCUUCCUCCUCUCUGACCUGAAGUCUGAACAUUUGGAGCACCUGAAGCAAUGCAUGGCAAAACGUUUUGAUGGUUCCCAGCAAGCACUUGACUUAAACAACAUCCGAACAGACCCAGACCUGGUGUCCCACAAAAUUGAAGUCACCUUGAAUCGGAAGACGCACAUGGAAGCUGUCAUCAGGAUCAUUGAAGAAAACAUUCCAGAGCUGGCUUGCUUGAACCUGAGCAACAACCGUAUUCACAAACUGGAUGAGGUUGCUGAAUUGAUUACCAAGGUGCCUAAUUUAAAGACCCUCAACCUUUCCCACAAUGAGCUGAAGUCAGACCGAGAGCUGGACAAGAUGAAAGGCCUGAAGCUGGUCGAGCUGUGGCUGAACAGGAACCCUCUGUCUCUCUACUUCAAGGAUCAGGCCUCAUACAUCAGUGCUGUGCGGCAGAGGUUUCCCCGGCUUCUCAAACUGGAUGGUCAUGACCUCCCCCCACCCAUUGGAUUUGAUGUGGAAACGCCUACCACUAUCCCUCCGUGCAAGGGCAGCUGUUAUGGCUCCGAUGAAAUCAAGGCUCUCAUCCUUCGCUUCUUGCAACAGUACUACAGUAUAUAUGACUCUGGGGACAGACAACCGCUUCUGGAUGCUUACCAUGAUGGAGCAUCGUUAUCCCUUACAACACCUUACUCCACCCAGAACCCCUCCAGGAGCAGUCUGGGAGAGUAUCACAAAGACAGUCGAAACCUGAAAAGGAUCAAAGACUCUACAAUGAGAUUUCGACUGCUGAAGCACACCCGACUGAACGUGGUGGCUUUCCUCAACGAGCUGCCCAAAACUCAGCACAACAUCGCCUCCUUUACUGUUGACGUAAACACUUACACAAACACACUACUGUCAUUCACAGUGAGUGGAGUUUUCAAAGAAGUUGCUGUUGAUGGUAAAUCCCGAGACUCCACCAUGGCCUUCUCUCGAGUUUUCAUCACAGUCCCAGCGGGGGGUUCUGGUUUGUGCAUAGUGAACGACCAGCUUUUCAUCCGAAUGGCAACAACAGAGGAGAUCCGGCGUGCCUUUGUGGCUCCCGCCCCGACUCCAUCUUCCAGCCCUGUCCCCACCCUCACCGCACCGCAGCAGGAGAUGCUUACUGCCUUCUCACAGAAGUCUGGCAUGAACCUGGAAUGGUCCCAGAAGUGUCUGCAAGACAAUGAGUGGGACUUCAACAGAGCAGCACAAAUCUUCACUCAGUUAAAGACGGAAGGCCAGAUCCCUGAUGUUGCGUUCAUAAAAUGAAGAAUUAAAUCAUGCUUCUGUGAAAUAAAAUCUGAAGUAAUUUUAUUUAUGGCUUUUGUUUUAUCCUUUACUGUUGACUUUUUGUUUUAUUAAAAAUGAUGUAGAUCAAGUUUAUUUUACUUUAGUUAUUGUUUUGUUUUAGCAGCUAAAUGUCAACAGUUUCACAGUAAGACUGAUGUUAUGGUACAGUCUUUGGUUGUCAUCGUUACCAUAGUUUCGGAUCAUUUGUAUAGAAAUCACUACAUGUUUUCAUAGGAAUAAAGACAGAUGGCUAACUUUGUUCAUCUUAAUUUGUUGUAUUGUGUUUUAACAAUAAAAAUAUUUUGUCACACAA